AUGUCACAUUCCAGUAGAGAUGAUGGGGACUGCAACCAACUGGCGCCACUUCAAAAUGGGAGAGAAGUGUCUGUAUGGAAUCUCCAGACGCAUGAGGGUUUCUCCCUUGAAUCAGUGAGUGGACCGAAUCAUGAGGAUGAGGAGCAGGAGGUGUCACUUGCAUCACCCAGGUUAGAAGGAACACUUUCAUCACUCCCAGCGCGUGACCCGCCAUCGCCACUGGCUUUUGUACACCAACGGUGGAAUUCAAUUAGGGGGAGCCCCCGUGCCACAUCGAGUGCAUUAGGCUCCACAACUACUUCUUACAUUUCUGUUUCGGGAAGAAGUCGUGUGACACCCGCUUCCGCGAGACCUCGUGACUCGCGCGAUAACUUUAGGGCGGUUGCUGCAACGUUAGUUUUCACCCAUAAUUCUAGCGAACAUGUGCGACGCUCACCGCCACUUGACGACACGUUGCCGCUCCCCGCAGUUCGACAAGCGGAUGGCGAAGUUUCCGUCUGCCGUCCGAAUAUGAACAAUAGCUCCGCCUCUUCUCUUUCUGCAGCCUCCGAUGAAAUGCCUCGACCGGCUACCGACCUUCAGUCGUCAGUGAAGUUUUAUGAUGGGUGUAGCGGGGCACCGACUCAAGAGGCGGAACACCUUAAUUUAUGCUUUACUCGAUCAUCUUUGUUAGCCUCCAGGCGUUUUAAUGUGAUGCGUGAAGGUUCGACGCCGUUUAGCGAUGCUGCAGAUGCAAUGUGUGGUGCUCAGUCGUCAGAGAAAGUGUUUGGAAUAGGCGCACAUCGUGGUGUUGAUAGUGAGCAUGCAUUUCGCGGUGGAGCGAUUGCUGCUCCUGGUCGCGAACUGCUCCUCGAUUGCUUUCGCCCCGGCUAUAAUAGUUCUACGAGGGACGUUGCAACUGGCGUAGUGGAGUACAAAUAUAUCGAAGUUCAACCAAUUGUUGCUGUGCGCAGUGAGGGCGAUAAUUUGGUUGAGGAUGAAGACAAUGGUUGUUGUUGUUGUCGUUUCCCAUCGUGUUGCACUUUCUUUUGCAGCAGCUGCUGCUGCUCCCGUUCCUCCCACCGCAAACUGGUCAAAGGAACGGAUGCGCGGGUAUGUCUUGGACAAAAUCCCCGCACCGCUGAACUUACAGGUGGUGGAUGCAUUGUUAAAACCUGGAAUUUCAUCAACGUAUUUUCGGGCGACAUAUCCCUCAUGUCUCGUGUUUUUUGCUUGUUAAAUUUUACCGCGGCUCUUUCAACUAUAGUGGCUGGUGGUUUGCACCUCCUUUUUACGUUUGACGAGCAAAGAAGCCGUGUUUCGGACGACUCAGUUUGCAACGGCAUCGUUCUUCUAGAGUCAUUUUCUCCGGAUAUGUGUUUUGCUUUUAUUUGCUUUGCGAUGAACAGUUUGGUCGCUGUUUAUCUCGCACUCCAUGCCGUACGCUGCGAGAACGCUAGAAGUUUUUUCUGCCAUUUUUUAACUGUUGUGCUGAUGGUCGGAUGCUUCGUCAACUAUUUAUUUUCCAGGUCUUCCAGUACAUCAUCCCACAGCAUUCCUGCAUGGGCAAUCGUCGUGUUUUCCGUGAAUAUCGGUUUGCUUUCUACGGCUUGCUGCCUAUACGUGCCCGUUUCGAGGACAUUUGCGCAUUACUUGUGUGCAAAGGGCACGGUGCGGGAAGAGUUACUCCGGCGGCGGCGGCAGUGUAUGUGUAUUAUGUCAUGUUUGCAGGCUGAUGUUGUUACUACCCUGAAUAGUGGCGUGGCUGCGCUGUGCUUGGCGUCAGGACCCAUUCAAGUGAUUGGUGGUGCCUUUCUCGUUGUCAUCUCCACCACCGCUUCCCUGCUUUUCAUCCCUAUGCUGAAACGGAGGGCGCAAUGGUUUAUUGUUGUGUUUGUGCUUGUGGCGGUAGCAACUACUGGCUUCAACUGUUACGUGGCAAGUCAUGGAGUGUAUGAGUACUUUAUAACCAAUGCACUCAAUGUUUAUGAAGUAAGUCCAUGCUAUACGAACUUGCUUCAGUACUGCUUGUCGGGCGACUUUACGCAACUAAGGCACAGUCACGGCCUGCUCCGCUACGGUGGAGGAGGCACCUCGUAUGGCCAUACAAACGAAAUACCGUUUACGACUGGACUGUCAAGAGAGAAACAUGGCCCUUUCAACAUCUCAACAGAGUGCUGUUUGGAUUAUGGACGAUGCCGUUUGCUAGAUUCUGCGCGUUUCUACGCAUCAGGCGUUAUUGCUUUAUUGGUGGUUCUGGUUGCCAUAGUACGACUCGUACUAGUGAAGUUGUGGAUCCACGCAACUGUGGAGAAUGGAAGUGAUGUUUAUAUGAUACCUCUUGCAUGGGCGCGCAAUGACACAGGGAAGGAGUUGGGCCAGCCGUUACGGGAAGCAGUGAAAUGA